AUGGAAAAUAAAACAAUGAGAUAUUUUGGAAUGAGCUUAAACGUUUUAAUUUCUGUUUCUCUUGCUAUUGUGGAGUGUUUCAUAAAUUAAGUCUCAGAUUCAAUUAUAAUAGACAUUGUUUUAAUAAUAUGUGGGGCCUUUUUCUCAUGGAUAUUUAUUACUCAAUAAUUAGGAUGGAAGAAGGGUAUACUUCAAUAUUACCUUUAGGAGAUAUAUCACCUUUUUUUUAUUGGGCUUUGGCAAUAAAGAGAAUAACUCUGGUUGGAAUAUACAGAAGUGAAUUCAUUUAUUUCUUAUUUGGUUUUUUAAAUGGAAUUUAUUCAAGUAAAUUAGAUGUGAAAGAUUAAAAGAAGUAUUAUUAAAAAACUAAAACUGCUUUUUAAGUAAUAUUGACAUUAGUUUUAAUAAUUUUCAAUUCUUUAACAAAUACAAUUCAAAAUCAAAUAGUUUUAAUAGUUUUUAAUAUAGGUCUUCUUGUUCUAUUAGGUAUAUAUGAUAAUAUUGAAAUUUAUCCAAAUAAUACAAAAUAAAAUGAUUAUAAUACAGAUUAAAGAAAUACUUAAGCAGAAUUAAAAAAGUGUUAAACAAUUAUUUAAUAAUAUCAAUAAACAAAAUCAAUAUGGGAAUAAUAUAUUAAAUAAACAGAUGAUUGGAUUUGUAAAGUUGACAUAACUAAAUUUUUAUUUAAUCGUAGUUGGGAAAGUAGAGAAUAAAGUUAAACUUUAUAAAAAUUUUUAAAAGAGAAUAAAAUGAAUAUAUAACAAUUUUUCAAUCAUCUUAUUAUUGUAAAUUAAUAAUCAUCAAAUUCAUCUCAAUCAAUAAUUACUUAAUUUGAAUUAGAUGAAAGUAAUACAUUAUUAGCAUGGAUAGAAAAGAACUAUUUAUAAGAAAAUUAAAAUUAGAAAUAAAAUAUACAAAAAUUAAAAUAGUAUUAAGAUGGAUAAGAUUAAAAUUAAUAAAAUUUAGAGGAUUAACCUUCAAUUAUAUCUCCUUAAAAUGAUGGGAAAUCUAUGUUUUAUAAGGAUAGAUCUCAAGAUCUUUCUGGAUUAUUAGCUAUUCCAAUUAAUAUGGAUUAAUAAGGACCUAAUAAUAAAAUAUAUUUUUAAUGUUAAUUAAAUCUGAAUUCAAUUAUAUAUAAUUUAAGUUUAUUGAUAUUUUUAGUUGAUGAUGAUAAAAGUAAUGAAUAGAAAUAAUAGUCAAUUAUUAUUCAAAUCAAAAAUAUUAAUAAAUUAAUAAAGAAUGAAAUGUUAGAAUAAAAAAGUUCUAUCUUUUAUAGAUAUAUUAGUAGAAUGGCAAAUCUUUCAAGUUAAAUGUUAAAGCAAGUUAAUCUAAUGAAAUAGUCCCUUUAAUUACAUUUAAAGUAUGUAUCAUACAUUAAAUAAAAGAGAAUUCGAUAAGAUCAGACAAAGCAAUUAUAAUUCUUUAUCAUUUUGUGAUGAUAAUGCAUUUGUUAAAUCAGACAAAUAAAUUGGAGACUUCAAAUAAGUACUUUUGAAUGCUAGAACCCAACCUCCAAUUUAAAGUGCCUACAUAAAAGUUACAUCAUCUAAUAGCCAUAAUCAUGAGAAUUAAGAUGAGAACUUGUAAAAAUUAUCAAUUAUUUAUUUAUAAUAAUCAUAGGAAUUACUUAAAUAAGUAGACUAAUUAACCUUCGAUUUAUUAAUUAUAGAAUAAAAUAAUUUUAAUUUCUUUGAAUUAUUUAGUAAUCCUUAAUUAAAUAUUGAACAAUUUAAUUUAUUAUAGACAUUUAAUAUUGUAAUAGAUUUUUUUAAAUAACAUUAACUCUUAAAUUAGAAUAAUAUUAUUAUUACUUAAGAAUUAGAUAAUGAAACAUAAAUGAUAAUUUAAUCUGACAGAAGAAGAAUGAAAUAAAUAUUGAUCAAUAUAAUUAAUAAUUCUAUAGAAAAUUUUGAUCUUAUAUCAAAAAAAAAACAAAAAGAAAAAUGUGAAAAUUUAUAAAUUCAUAAAAGUUUGAUUAUUUAGGAAUUAAAACCUUAAAAUUCAAUUAUUAUUAAAUUGCAAAGUGAUGCUGAUAAAAUUACAAUAGAAAUUUAAGAUAAUGGGGGUGGUAUAGAUAAAGAAAAGUUAAAAAAUAGAGUAAAUGAAUGUAAAUUUGGAUUAGCAGUUUGUCAGAAAUAAUUAAAAUAUUUGGCAUAUGAUUCUAAAAAACCUUUGGAAAUCAUAAAUUAUUAAAAAAAUUCAAAUGAAGUUGAAGGUAGUGUUGUUAAAUUUUAACUACCCAAAACAAGAGAUAAUUUUUAUUUAAAUGAUGAUAGCAAAUAAUCAGAAUCCUUAAGAAUAAGUAAAAGAAUAGACAAAUUUUGA